AUGGACUUAUUAAGGUCAAAUUCGGGUGAUUUAGCACUCGAAGAAGAAGACAUACCAGGUGCAAAACUUCAAAAACCCGUGGAACAAUGUACAGUUGCAGUUUUGAAGCGGUGGUUAUCAUGCCGUGGUGCGAAAGUCACGGGGAAGCGAGAAGAGUUAGUGAAAAGGGUCAAUGAUUACAUUAAAAACGGACUACACAAAAAGUUAGUGGAUCCAGAUGGUGGUGUAAAUUUGGCAAAGAAAAGAGUAGAGUUUGGCCUUGCUGAAGAAGUACACCCUCUAGAGAAUGAAAAUUUCCCUUCCUCUGGGUUUGAGUGUGGAACAGUCAAUCUCCCAAGAAUUUCUUAUCGCAACAUUUGGAAGUACUUGAUAGAAGAUGUCGAACUAAAAAAGCAGUUGUCCACAGAAAAGCCUAUUGUUAAGGGCUACAAUUUUUAUAAAUCUGGCCAUGUACUACAGAUUUUCUCCAAAAAAGAAGACAAUAAUCACUACGUUUUAAGCAAGGUUCGUCCAUCAAUGAAAAAGGGAAAAGUGUACACAGUAAAGAUUAUCUUUUCGUUGAAUGGCGAUAUUUCCAAUGCAUUUUGUUGCUGUCCAGCUGGAGUUGAUGGUCGAUGUAAUCACCUUGCAGCAACUUUGUUCUCAAUAGAAGACAAAACUAGUAUGGAUUAUGGUAUGAUAGCUUCUAAGGCAAUUUGUGAGACACCAUCAGAAAAUGUACCAUGCACAUCAAAGCCUUGCACAUGGAAUGUUCCUGCAGGAAAACGCAAACUAACAUCACAACCAAUCCAGUCUGUAAAAUUUCAGAAACAUGAAUAUGGGAAGGUAACCAAACAUUUUGCAAAGGAGUAUGGUGAUGUUCGAGCACCCCAUGAAAGAAGUACUUCAAGUUGUGACCUGAAAGCUUUUUAUAACAAAGUAAAAGAGGUUGAAGAAAAGACUGGCAAGAUGAUGGGCUUAAGUUUAAUAUUACCACAUGAUCUUCCAGAAGUUACUGAUAAUUCUGCUGAUGCAACUGAGUCACAGGAUCUGUUGUUUGGCCCACCCAUUUAA